AUGGGUGUAGCCGAACGUGAGCCUCAAUUGCAUCUCGAGAAGAUGGUGAUUGCAGCCAUUCUUGAAUGCUUUGAGGACGUCGAGUCCUUGAUCGUAGCAGAGAAAGUUCAAUCUGCUCAGAAGAGUGCCGAAGGCCGCAUCAAGGGACAAUUACUCAUUGGUGGCAAGUCUUUCACAGAAAUAGUCGAAGGGCACGAGUACUGUAGGAGUGACAUACAGUCCUUGUCCACACACAUCAGACAAAAGCGAACCCCUGUAGCACGAUUAUUCCCCGCUAUUGAACCUGCUUUUCGAAUCUUUUGGGGGCCGUGUAAGGAGGAGAUGGAUAUGGAGACAAAUGAUGAGCAGGUAGCAGAAGCAUUGGCAAUGGACCAUGCCAAUGGCGUUCUCGACGGAUCUAUUUGGGCUUCAAUGGAAUGGAAGUGGCAGAAAAAGUAG